AUGACAUGCCUAAUUUUAUGGUAUCUGUGGCUCAUAUCAACUUUUCAGUUAGAGUUUGCAACGGCUAGUACUGCAAAUACAACAACUACAGCAAAGUCUGGAACCUCUUCGUCAACGGAGGAGCCGUUUCCUGUACUAGCCGUGGGUAAAGAUGGUAGAGGAAACUACUAUGUUAAUAGCACAUUUGGCACUCCCGGUCAACGCCAACGUUUGCUAGUGGAUAUUAUCCAACCGUACAUAAAUCUGGUUUCCGGAACAAGCGAAAGUCAUAACGAAUACUCCGGUGUAUAUCAUAAGCAUCCCAGCUACCUCAUGAAUGACUCUACAUCAUCUGUUCCUGUUUCUCCUGGCCAAAUAUAUGAGAUUUCUUUCAUUGAUGGUAGAGCUGUUAACUGUACUUUGGUGACAGACGAUAUGAAUUUUACAAAUGUUUCCUCAGAAAAUUCCUCGACCGCUUUGAUAACCGAUUUAAUGGUAACUCGAGAUAACGUACAAUUUAACUCGGGGAGCCUAUCCAUUUCAAACGUUUCCUUCUUUGAUAUUCAGUCCUCGAACUUUAAGACUUCAGGCUUGUUAGGUUUAAGCGGGAAGGUCACAAACCCAGGCAAUGCUAUCGAUAGCUCACAAUACACAGAACAGUCUUAUUUUCUAUCCUUAUUGAAAGAUGCAGAUAUCAUUGAAAGUUCGUCAUAUUCACUGUGGUUGGCUGGAGACACUUCCACGUACAAAACAUAUAGAGAUCCAAUAUCUAAUUGUGGGAAGCUACUUCUUGGAGGGGUGGAUCCUUCGCUGUUUACCGGUACACUGGGAAAAUUUGACUUAAUUCCUUACGUUGACCCAGUGAGUAAUGCUGUUAGUGUUGGGUACCCAAUUGUGCCAUUAGGCCCUAUUUAUAUUGUGUCUAACAGCGGACAAAGUUUGAAUAUGACUUCGAAGGACUUUCUGAGCCCAGCCUUACUUGAUUCAACUUCUUCGGUCAGUUACCUGCCAACUAGUACCAUUAUUCAGAUUGCCGUUCAAAUUGCGGCCACUUAUGUGGAAUCACUAGAUAGGUGGCUAGUCCAAUGUUCUAUAGCAGAUAUGGGUGUCUCCUUGGGUUUCAGGCUUCGAGAAUUGACAAUUGAAAUACCCCUACGUGAUUUAUUAUCAUCUACUUACGAUACAUCCACCAAUUCUUCAAUGUUUUUCAGUUCUGGACAGGAAGCUUGUUUUCUAACACUAUACGCUAAUACAAAUACUGGAGUAAACAUACUCGGAGAAGCCUUCAUAAAAAAUAUAUAUAUGGCAAUGGACUUAGAGGAUAACACUAUAGCCAUUGCACAGGCAAAGAAGGUUGAAGAUGACGCAGUUACUGAAGAGACAAAUGAAACUACCGCGUCCACUAUCAUCAAGAAGAUCAAAUCUGGUUACAUUCCUUACGCAAAAGUGAUGAAUAGUAGUAAUACAAGAAACUUGACUCUUUAUCCAUCCUAUAGGUCAGGCUAUAUGUUCACUGUCCCAGGUCAACUGACAGCAGCAUACUCAAACGGUGUGAUUACAGGUGCGGGCCGGUCAUUCUAUGAUACUUCAAGAGCAAGCACAAGUGCUAGACCAUCCAGUACUCAAUUCGACAGCUUUUCUGUGUCAGCCUCAGAAGAGUGGUCAAAUUCAACUAAUAGAACCAGCAGUGCUUCGGGAGCAGGCGUUCGAUUGAGCAGUCCUUAUACAUUUAACAAAGAUCCAGCUGGACAUGUAACUCGUAUAGCUUCCUUGCUACUACUUUCGAUAUUCUCGAUACUUAUUGUUCUUUGA